GGACGGCUUUUUAAAAUAAAAUAUAACGAUAAUAAAAUUCACACUUCUCUUUUUUAGUGGAUCAGAGAAUAAAAUGGGGUUCUCGACACCCUCGCGGAUGAACUGGAGAUUCACAGGGCGCUAUAUUUGUUGUUUCGGCGGAGGGAUACGUGUUUCAUUCUGCCAGAUCUAGCUUCUUUUUUCCUCCGCUGGAAGCCAUGAUGGAAGUUUGAGAGUUGUGCUGGAGAGCGACGCCGCGAGAAGAAGAUGAUUUCUUCUCUCUUUUCGACGGAAUCUGCGCGGUGGAUGUUGUUGUGAAAGCGGGAGGCUUGGUGUGAAGGGGUGAGCGAGGUGGAGGCUGGCAGAGGGACGUGUUUUUGUGGGUUUUGGGGUGUUUUUGUGUCGGAAAUCGCGUCGACCUUUUGAACGGCGGAGAUGAUGAUGAUGAUGAUGAAGAAGAAGAUGAUGGUAGUAGUGGUGGUGAUGGUGAUGGUGAUCGCUCUCUAGGACGGCUUUGGCUUUUUAAAGGUGGAGGAGACACACACAGAGACAGAGACAGACACAGAGGGCCACAGAGAGAGAGAAAUGGCUCCUACAGCCUGAGUGGAAGUGCUCCUGGGGGGUGGAAGGGACGCUCUGAGGCGAUGGAGAGGUUUUCCUGCUCGGCUCGGAGGUAAAUCACGGCGGAUCUGAUGCUCUGCGUUUGGGCUCCUGGAGGAUCCGAGAGCCCUUUUCUCUCCUGGAGGAUUGGGACACUCAGGAUUUCUGCUUUCGUUUUACUCUCCACGAGCAUCCUGAUCAGCUUCAGGACACAUUUAUAAGGCCAGCUUGUGCAGUGUAAUUUGUGCUAUGUCUGUGACAGACUGGGAGACAGUCUGCUUCAGGCCUGCUGUAGUCUGGACUGGAGCUCUGCUUGGGCCCUUAAAGCUUUAGGACACUUACAAAUCCAAGCAUCUCAUUUAUAACCGCAAAUAAUCCUCAUUUUUUUAAAGUGCAGCCUGCUUCGUUGAAAGAUUCGGGCCUGUUCGGUGGAGAUCCGGCUCUCUCAUAGACACACGGAGCAUCAAUAAUCCUAAUUUUAAUCUGAGUUCUAACCUGGCGUAAUCUGAGCACGUUCUGGUCCGAACAUCCUCAAAAAGAUCCGAAUAAUCCUGUUUUUACCAGCUGUUUUCGGUCCUCCUGCGUCAGGCGACGUAACUCUUCAUUAACGACGCUUCGUUUGAAUCUUAAUCCGAAUUUUGGAGAGCGGAAACGGCGUAAACGGAGACCGUCGAUUUCACAGACUGGAGUAUCGCAGUCCUGCGGUGGAGUGGAUCCGUCUCUGUCCUGUCCGGCGUCAUCUUCGAGUCUGAAGAAGUGAUCUGAUCGUCGUCAGGAGAGCCGAGGAACCCUGAAGAACAUCCGGGACGUCCAUCUGAAUCCGAUUCUACACCCAGAAGCCUUUUCUCUUGAUCGCAGGAUUCAGAACGCUCCACAAGGCCUGCUUCUGACUUUAGUAUCUAAAAAUAAUCCAGAUCUUCACAUCCACAGCCCCCCGGACGACGUCUUUAUGUCUGUAUUAAGCAGAUUUAAGAACUUUUUGGACGUAGGUAUACGCUUAACGUAAUUAACGGAGGUUUCUCUACCAGGAUCUGCUGGAUCGGACAUCUCCGAGGCCGUCGUGUUGUACGCACGUGUAAAUAUAUAAAUCUGCUCAGAAACGGUGCCCACGUGGACGAACGUCUUUUUUCUACACAGAAUCGUGUUUGUGAGUAAACGUGGGAACUGCGAUGGCGUUCAUUAAACAGAUCGUGAGCCGAGAAAAGCGGCGAUACCAAGAAGAUGGAUUCGAUCUGGAUCUUACGUAUAUUUACCCGAACAUCAUCGCUAUGGGGUUUCCAGCCGAGAGACUGGAGGGAGUUUACCGCAACAACAUAGAUGACGUCGUACGGUUUUUGGACUCCAAACACAGAAACCAUUACAAAAUAUAUAACCUAUGUGCAGAACGACACUAUGAUACGGCCAAAUUCAACUGUCGGGUGGCUCAGUACCCGUUUGAAGACCACAACCCCCCUCAGCUGGAGCUCAUUAAGCCGUUCUGUGAGGAUCUCGAUCAGUGGCUCUCCGAGGACGAGAACCACGUCGCAGCGAUUCACUGCAAAGCGGGAAAAGGCCGCACGGGGGUGAUGAUCUGCGCUUACCUUUUGCAUCGUGGGAAAUUUAUGGAGGCGCAAGAAGCUCUGGAUUUCUACGGAGAAGUGAGGACCAGGGACAAGAAGGGCGUGACAAUCCCGAGUCAGCGGCGGUACGUGCACUAUUACAGCUUCCUGCUGAAAAACCAUCUGGACUACAAACCCGUGGCUCUGCUCUUCCACAAGAUGGUGUUCGAGACGCUGCCCAUGUUCAGCAGUGGCACCUGCAACCCUCAGUUUGUCGUGUACCAGCUGAAAGUGAAGAUCCACACCUCGCAUCCGGCCGACACGAGGCGGGAGGACAAACACAUUCAUUUCAAGUUUCCUCAGCCACUUCCUGUGUGUGGAGACAUCAAAGUCGAGUUCUUUCAUAAACAGAACAAGAUGCUGAAGAAGGAGAAGAUGUUCCACUUCUGGGUGAACACGUUCUUCAUCCCCGGGCCGGACGAGAGCGGAGAACGAGUGGAGAACGGCUCGGCCAUGAACGACAGCGACAGCCACUCGUCCAAUCAGAGCCAGAGCUCUCCCUCCGAGCGGGAUAGAGGGAUGGGCGGAGGGGAGAGAGAGAGAGACAGAGACAGAGACAGAGAAAGAGAUGGAGAGAAAGACUACUUGAUUCUAGUGCUGACGAAGAACGACCUGGACAAAGCGAAUAAAGACAAAGCGAACAGAUACUUCUCUCCUAACUUUAAGGUGAAGCUGUUUUUCACUAAGACGGUGGACGAGACGUCGAACUCGGAGGCGAGCACUUCCACCUCCGUCACUCCGGACGUUAGCGACAACGAGCCGGAUCAUUACCGUUAUUCGGACACGACCGACUCGGACCCCGAGAACGAACCGUUCGACGAGGAACAGCACACACAGAUCACGAAAGUCUGAACAUUUUACACACACACACACACACACACAUGAAUUCAGCUACCUAUAAUAGACAUGGACAUAAAAAAACAGCCAACCAACACCAGACGAAAAAAAAAAAAAAGGAGAAAACUUGAAAAAUGUACUGAAGAGAAAAGGACCUGCCCACGUCGCCC